AUGGUGGAUAAGGGCAUUGUGCCCGACACUCAUAGCUAUUACAUUUUAAUAAAUGGAUAUUGCAAGAAUAUGAAAAUUGAAGUGGCCAUGAAUCUUAUCCGAGAAAUGCCUCGUAAAGGAUUGAAACCCACAAUUCCUACUUACAAUGCUAUGUUGCAGGGAUUGUUUGGGGUUGGUAGGUGUUUUACUGCUCAAGGACUUCUGAAUGAGAUGCAAGCUAAGGGUCAGCGUCCAGAUUUUUAUACUUAUUGUGUAUUACUAGAUGGAUUAUCCAAGAAUGGCCAUAUUGAUGAAGCAUUGUUGUUGUUUCAGGAGCUAGAAUGCAGUGGCAUAAAUCCUGAUAUUACUAUGCACAAUAUUUUAAUUGAUACACUUUGCAAAGAUGGGAAGCUUGAGAUGGCAAAGAAUCUAUUUGGUGGAUUUUGUGAACAAGGGCUAUUGGAUGAGGUGAAUGAGUUAUUCAUGACAAUGGAAAAGAUGGGUUGUAUGCCUAAUCAUGCAACUUACAAUGUUAUGGUAUGUGGAUUCUUUAAAGCAAAGGACUACAACGAGGCAAAAUUACUUUUGGAGAAAAUGAUUGAGAGGGGCUUUUCAGCAGAUGUAUCUACUUUGGCUACAGUAGUCGAUCUACUCUCAGCUGAAGGUCAAGAUCCUACACUCUUUUCUUUUGCUGCUGCUUCUUGUUGUUGGUUUAUUGGAAGCGCCAUAGAUGAAGGAGGUGUUUAUCUCCUCUUUGGUGAUAUUGAUUGUGAAAUUUGGCACUAUUUUGCUUCAAUAAAUUUGAUUGUUGCUUGUGAGCUAGAACGUAUUGGCAUAAAUCCUGAUAUUACUGUGCACAAUAUUUUAAUUCAUAGAUUUUGCAAAGAUGGGAAGCUCGAGAUGGCAAAGAAUCUAUUUGGUAAGCUACAUUCUAAAGGUUUGCGGCCUAAUGUUAAUAUUUAUACUAUGAUGAUAGGUGGAUUUUGUGAACAAGGGCUUUUGGGUGAGGCAAAAGAGUUACUGAUGAGAAUGGAAGACAUUGGUUGUUGGCCGAAUUAUGCAACUUACAAUGUUAUGGUCCGUGGAUUCCUUAAAGCAAAUGACUACAUUGAAGCAAAUAUACUUGUGGAGAAAAUGAUUGGGAGGGUCUUUUUAGUAGAUGCAUCUACUUUGGCUACAAUAGUGGAUCUACUCUCAUGUAAAGGUCAAGAUCCUACACUCUUUUAUAUGAUUAAAAAAUUGGUUCCCCAGGACAACACCAAAGGAAUUUGUUAA